AUGGAGAAAAGGUGGCGUAAACUUGAUGAUGAAGCCGCAGCUGCUACGAAACUCACUGUAAUCUGUCACUCUCUCUCUGUCUCAUUUCAUCGCACGCUUUUUCCUCCGCCUUCUGUUAUUCCUUUGCUUUCUGUUACACUCCGAUUCUCUUUGAUUCUCUCUUCCCCCACACGGGCACGCAUACUCAGGCGCCCUUAUUCACACCAACUACACGCGUCAUAUAUCAAAAGGGACGUUUUCAAUUUGCCGCGAACAAGAGAAAUCCUUCUGUCUACUACGCGCCCAACAAAAACGCGCAUCGAUACUCUACCUUACCUGCGUCGCUUUUUCAUGUCUUUUUUUUUCAUGAAAGCCUGUUUUCAUGUACAAAAACUGAUAUCCAGAUCGUAUUUUUUUUAUUAUGAUGUUAAGAGAGGAAGUUGGGACAUGGGUAAGUGUGGGUACUGUUUGGAAUGGCAGGAGAUGAUGUACUUGAAAAGGGAAGGGGGACAGUGCUCCGACGGCGACGCAAUGAGGCUUUGUUUGGGCAGACAACUACUGCUGCCUUCUUCACCCGAUUCUACCCUUGACGCUGCAGCUCAUAUUAGAGUUGGGUCUUACUACGAACUUGAUCACUCCAAGAUUCCCAUUAAAACCCCAUACCAACUAAAGUUAGUUCGAGUUAUCAUGGUGAGCAAAAAGUCCAAGUGCAGCGUGUCAUUAAGGUUUCCAAGCAUGUAUUCUCUCCGGGCACACUUCAGGAAGAGCAACCGAAGAAAACUGGAGGCAAAGAUUUUACCCUUACUGGAUGAACAGUAUGCAAUGGGAUCGGAGCUAGCUGGAGAUGUUUUAUAUCGUAGGAUCCCACCACAUGAAAUUGCAGUGCAAAGGAAUCAAUGGGGCUUUUGGGUUGUGGAUUAUUCCGAGGAACAGAAAACAGGGAAGAGCCCAAGCCCAGCUAUCAUUACCAGCUAUGUUAACGUGGUCUGUAAGAAAGGCUUGUGCUGGUCUGAACUGAAGUCCACAGGGAUGGUCCAGUGGGGUCGGCGUAGGCAAGUUAGGUUUUUGGGUCACCACGUGGAGGAGACGCGGGAACGGAGUUUGUCAAGGAGUGUUAAAGGGCAAGAGGUAGAGAAGGGAAACAAAGACGAUGAAGAUGAUGAAGGUGAGGAAGAAGAGAAAGAAAAAACCGUGAGUGAUGACGAGAACACGGAGGCAGGCAGGAUGAGCUCUAAGAGGAAGCUCCAUGGACCAAGCUUCAGAACCCAGAUGCCAAAGAAAAUAAAGCAUGAAGAUCAACAAAUUACUCUUUACAAGCCAACAAAGAGAAAAGAAAUCAAGAACUCCAUUGAAAGAUGGUCUGUUCAGAGGUAUAAUUUAGCUGAGAAAAACAUGUUGAAGAUUAUGAAGGAGAAGGGAGCACUGUUUGGGAACCCAAUGCUCAGGCCAGCAUUGAGAGCAGAGGCUAGGAAGCUGAUUGGAGACACUGGUUUGUUGGAUCAUUUGCUGAAGCACAUGGCUGGGAAGGUCGCUCCUGGAGGUGAAGAAAGAUUCAUGAGGCGGCAUAAUGCCGAUGGGGCAAUGGAGUAUUGGUUGGAGAGUGCUGAUUUAAUGGAUAUCAGGAAGGAUGCUGGGGUGCAGGAUCCUUAUUGGACUCCGCCUCCUGGUUGGAAGCUUGGUGAUAACCCCACCCAGGAUCCUGUUUGUGCCAGAGAGCUCAAGGAACUUAGGGAAGAGAUAGCUAAACUGAAAAAGGGAAUGCUGGAGACCAAGAGUGAAGGAGAUAUUGCCCUAGUCACCACCCCAAAUUCUUCUGUUGCAAGCCAAAACUUGGUUCAUGAUACCGCUAUGUUACAUCCAUUGAAGGAUAAGUACGUGAACUUGAUGAAUAUGAAAUCUAAACUAGAGGAGCAGCUGGCGGAAAUUGCACAAUCUUUGUGUACAAUGGAGGUAUUCAUCAGGCAGUUUGGUUCCCAAGAGACGGGGAAGCUAAAAUCUAUAGUGGAAGAUCCACUACUAAUAAUGGGAUCAACGGCAUCACCAUUAGGCACUGAAAAAGAGGUAAAUGAAAUGGAGAAAAGUAACAAAACUGUACUGGUAAUAGCAGAUGAAGAAGAAAAAGAUAUUAACGCAGAAGGAAAGAACCAAGCAGUUCCGAGAAAAAGAAGAAACGCAGUGGCAACAACAGAGGACAAGGCAGCAAAAGUUGAAAGGCUAAAGAGUGGGUUCAGGAUAUGCAAACCACAGGGGACCUUCCUAUGGCCAAACAUGGCCUUGCCCCAUCAGGUUGUUGUCCCAAUCGAUGACCUACUUGUGAUCCCCCCUCCUCCCACUAUCGGCUCUUCCACUACCACAGCGCCCCGCCUCGUCCCUAGCCCUCAAGAACAUUGGCCUCAGCCAACUUCCACCAUCAAACCAUUGGCUGAGACGCGAAGUACUGCUGCUGUUAAUUUCUCAGCCACGACUGUCAGCAGACACCCUCCUCCUAUGCCUCCGGAGGACACCACCGCCCAAUAUGCAAAUAAUAGUAUCAUCUCCAACAAAACUAGUACGACUACCACCAAAACUACUCUCAUCAAUCUCAACGAAGUCCCUGGAAAUCCCCAUGACCUUGGAUUUUGUGGGUCUUACAAUCAAAGUCACACCUCACCGUGUCCUCUCACGUAUCAGAGAAGACAUCACAAUUUGACAACCUCUGCUUCCAUGCCACGAAUGAUACCUGCUAAGAAAGAGAACGAGAUGAGUCAAUGGGACGGAGGCAAUCGCCAGCACCAAAGGGGAUACUCCUCCUCACCCUCUUCUCAUCGCAUGUCAGUGGGAGCAGGAACUUGGUUGGCUCUGUCUACUCCUAGCUCUUCCAUGGACAAUAUACCUAGAAGACCAAAAUGUGGUGAAAAUUUUCUUUGGGUACAAGGUACUCUAGCUAGCCUCCUGUUAUGUCUAUUCCAACCCAUUUGUCCCAUAAGCUGCUCCACACCAAAGAAACUAAAUGCGCUUUUGAGAGAUAAGAGAAGAAUGGUUUGA